AUGGUACAACCAGAAGAACCAUUCAAAGUUGUUGAAGUUUGCAAUGUUGAACCAUUUCAUGGACCAACAAAACCUUCUCAAUCAGCACCAACAUUACUUCCCCUCACUUUCUUUGAUCUUUUAUGUUUAAGAUCACCACCUGUUGAAUGUCUCUACUUCUAUGAACUCACAAACUCAACCACUUUUUUCUAUAAAACUAUUCUUCCAAAUCUCAAACACUCACUUUCACUCACACUUCAACACUUCCUCCCUCUUGCCGGAAACAUAACAUGGCCUAUUGAUUCAUCCAAACCAUUCAUAAACUAUGUUUGCGACGAUUCUGUUUCCUUUACUGUUGUUGAGUCUAAAGCAAGUUUCAAAGAUAUUUCUUCUCAUUAUUGCGAAGCUUCAAAAAGACAUAACUUGAUACCACUUUUGGAAACUUGUCAUGAAAAAGCUUCUUUGAUUUCAAUUCAAGUCACUUUGUUUCCAAACAAUGGUUUUUGCCUUGGAAUAACAACACACCAUGCUGCUUUUGAUGGAAAGACUGCUUCACAUUUUAUGAAAUCAUGGUCCUAUAUUACAUGUUCUAAUUAUAACCUUGAUUCAUCUUUUUUAUCUUUACCUGAAAACCUAACACCUUUUUUUGAUAGAUCAUUGAUACAAGAUCAUGAUAAUGGAAUUGGAAUCAGUGAAGCAUAUGUUGUUGAUUAUAUGAAACAAGGUGGACCAAAUAAUAAUAGUGUCAAGGUUAUAGAUUUUCCUAGUACAUUGAAAAAUGAUGCAAUUAAAAGCUUAUUUGAAUUAUCACCUUCAAAUAUUCAAAAGCUUAAGCAACAUGCAAAAAAUGAGAUGAAAAUGAAUGUUAUAAAUUUGUCAAGGCUUGAAAUGUAUAGUAUUGAUUUUGGAUUUGGAAAGCCAAAAAAAGUUGAUAUAGCUUCAACUGAUAAAACAGGAGCAUUUUCUCACUGUGAAACUAGGUAUAAUGAUGGUGGAGUUGAGAUUGGUUUGGCUUUAAACAAGCAAGAGAUGGAAACUUUUUCCACCCUUUUUGUUCAAGAACUUGAAUCCAUUUGA